CCCCCUCCACUUCCUCCUUGUUCCCUCUCUCCUCUGAUUUAGGGUUUCUCAGUGGAUCCUAAUUGCAUCUCUAUAUCAGACCAUCGUCCUCGUCAUGGGGAGAAUGAGGGUAUGGGGAGCAGGGUUGGUCCUGUUGGUGGUGGUUGUUGGGAGGCUAACGUGUGCAGAACCCGUUAGGGUUCCGUUACCUUCCGUUUGCCCUUCGCACUCCGUUAAAGACUCGAUCUUUGGGUUUUCAGAUUCAAUAUGUCCCUUGAAUGGGUUGGAACCUUUCGAUGUCGUCGGUGUUAUUGAGUGUCAAACUUGCAAAGCGAGUAUUAUCCACCCUUGUUGUGGAUCAAAACGUGUUUGUUAUAUCCACUUGUUACUUGAGACGCUUAAGUCUUUCCCAACCCUGUGCAAAGAGAUCCACACUGAUACAGGUUGCGGGAAGUAUGAAUAUAAUCAUG